AUGAAAAAACUGCUCUUGAUUUUGACACUCGGUCUUUGCCUUUCUUUAGUCAGUUGUGCCACCAUAAUAGACCCAAAUGAUUCAAACGAAUCUGAAGAAAAGAAACCUAACAUCAUCAUGCGUAUAUUUACGGCUAUCAUUAACUUCUUCAAAAACUUAUGGCCUUCUUCUUCCUCUAAUACGGAUGCUGAUUCAGCUAAUCCUUCCGAAGCCAACAAUUCGGCCAACACUGCGAUUAUCCUUGGUACUUCACCAUCGGCCCAAUCCAAAGAUGCACCUAAACACUCGCCCAAGGAUUCACACAAAGAUGCACCUAAACACUCGCCCAAGGAUUCACACAAAGAUGCACCUAAACACUCGCCCAAGGAUUCACACAAAGAUGCACCUAAAUCCUCUCCAAACCCCCAUAAAGACACCGAUCUUGAUGACCAUGAUAAGUCCAGCAGUUCCGAUAAGUCCGCUACUCCAGCCAAGCCAGCCAAUCCUUCCCCCAAAGAAUCCAAGCCAAAGAAAGAAUAG